GUACGUGCAUGCAUGCAACUACGUCGUCCCUUCGACCCUCCCUUAUAACGACAGUUUUCACUGAACCGAACGUUAAGGGACGUCGUUCGUCUCUUUGUGCGGCGCCUUUAAGGCCGCAUUACAUUCAUUCAAUCGAAUUAUAUAUCAAAUAAAAAUAAAUAAUAUCAAUAAGUGAUCAAAGAAACAAGAGAUAACGUAAUAAAAGAUUUAACUUGAAGUGUGUUUUACGUUUAAGAAUAUCACAAGAUUAUAAAGUUCAACGGAUCUUUGUCAUCUAAUUACAAUUAGGAUGUUCAAAAUCGUGAAAGCCGGUUGUACCGGCUUUAAGAGACUUCGUACUACUAACAAGAAACAGCUGCAGCCUGUACCUACAUCGAAGCUGGGAUCAUUGAGAUACAUGGAUGUUGCUUUUGGAAGUGCCUUAGAAUUAGAACGCGCACAGACACGCGAAUACAGCUUCAUUCAUGACAGCCAUUACAUGUACACGAAAGAUCACGAUCAUGCUGCGAAUGCUGAAGAUGUUCUCUUCGAUAUGUUCAAAAACGAAGAAACUGAUCUUCUCUCGAUUGGCAAAUUUAUCGCUGCAUUGAGGACAACCGGUCUACGAAAAAAUGAUCCUCGACUUCAAGAAUUUUGUGACAAUUUGAGGAAAGAACAUUCGAGAAGUGGGGGACACGAAGGUGCGUCACAUGAGACGCAACAAUUAGAUAGGGAACAAUUUAGAAGAAUCGUAAAUCCGAACAUAGUGUUAAUAUCGCGAGCAUUCAGGCAUCAGUUUAUCAUUCCCGAUUGGCAAGGUUUCACAAAACACAUAGAAGACUUUUAUUGGAAAUGUAAAACAAACACAGAAGGCAAAGUCGCAUCCUACAUUCCACAAUUAGCGAGAAUGAGUCCGGAUUAUUGGGGAGUCUCAGUUUGUACGAUCGAUGGUCAAAGAUUUAGUAUCGGAGAUACGUCAAUUCCCUUCACAUUACAAAGUUGCAGUAAACCGUUAACAUAUGCUAUAGCAUUGGAUAGGCUAGGACAAGAAGUUGUUCAUCAAUAUGUUGGCCAAGAACCAUCGGGGAGGAAUUUUAAUGAACUCGUUUUGGAUUAUAAUAAGAAACCGCAUAAUCCGAUGAUCAAUGCCGGUGCGAUAUUGGUUUGUUCAUUACUGAAAGCACUCAUCAAACCUGAAAUGACAUUGGCGGAGAAGUUCGACUUUACUAUGAACUAUUUCAAGAGAUUGGCAGGAGAUGAAAAUGUGGGCUUCAAUAAUGCAGUUUUCCUCUCGGAACGUGAAGCUGCUGAUAGAAAUUAUGCUCUUGGCUUUUACAUGAGAGAACAUAAAUGUUAUCCGGAAAAAACGAAUCUUCGCGAGAUCAUGGACUUUUACUUUCAAUGCUGUUCCAUGGAAUCAAAUUGCGAAACUAUGGCUGUUAUGGCAGCGACAUUGGCAAACGGUGGUAUAUGCCCUAUAACAGAAGAGAAGGUCCUUAAACCAGACAGCGUCAGAGAUGUAUUGAGCCUAAUGCAUAGUUGUGGAAUGUAUGAUUAUAGUGGUCAAUUUGCAUUCAAGGUUGGAAUACCAGCAAAAUCUGGAGUAUCGGGAAGUCUUCUCGUAGUUAUACCAAACGUAAUGGGUAUUUGCACGUGGUCACCACCUUUAGAUCCUCUUGGAAAUUCUUGCCGUGGCGUACAAUUUUGCGAAGAACUCGUGACCGAGUUUAAUUUCCAUAGCUACUAUGAUCAUAGGUACGAUAAUCUGAAGCACGCGACCAACAAGAAAGAUCCAAGAAGGCACAAAUACGAAACGAAGGGUCUAUCAAUCGUAAAUCUUCUCUUCAGUGCUGCCAGUGGUGAUGUUCCCGCAAUGAGAAGGCAUCGGCUUAGUGGCAUGGACAUGACUUUGUCUGACUAUGACGGUAGGACAGCUUUGCAUUUGGCUGCAAGCGAGGGUCACCUGGAUUGCGUUGAAUUUCUCAUCGAACAAUGUAGCGUACCUCAUGAUCCUAAAGACAGAUGGGGUAAACGACCGAUAGACGAGGCGUUAAAUUUUGGUCACAUGCAAGUCGUAGAUUAUUUGAAAAAUUAUGCUGUAGCGCACAAAACUAAUAGCGAAUACGAGGAAAAGCAAAGAAACGAAACGAAUGAAGAGAAACCUCCUGAAAAGAUUUGAAUUCUUGGAAGCUUCUACGCUUCUAUGAUAAAUUAAUGAAUUAAGAUCUAAGAUCGAAGAAGAGAUAUUAGGAUAGGCGUGAUGUCAAUUUUUUCGUAAUUGCACGAAUGUGUCUAGUACAGAAUAGAUUUAAUAUUAUUAUUAUUAUUAUUAUUAUUAUUAUUAUUAUUAUUAUCAUAGUUAUGCUAAAUAUGUAUAUAAAAAAUGGACAUUUUGUUGAUGGACGACAAAAUUGACAAUAAUUAAAAUACUUGUGAACGAGUAAUUACGUGAACUACACGGGCAUAUAUACGAUCGAUUAACUUUUUUCAACGAUUUAUAUUUUCCAUAGAAAUUUUCAUUUACGAAGCAAAAAUCUCAGUUUCGUUUUAUAUUCGUAUAGUAAUAUAAAAUAAUUAUUUGUGUCUAUCGAUUCACACAUUCUCCGUUGUUAAAUUUAACAACGCUUGCUUUUAAUAUAUACUUAUAUAUAUAUAAAUUUAUUUAUGAAAUUAUUUAUAAAAUAUCUUUGACAAUAAUUAUUCUGAAAAAUGACUCUUUAUGCUCGGUUAAAAAGUACAAAAUUAUUAUAAUCUAAUCU